GGAAAUGGGAGCCAACAUUUAAAUGUUUGAUUGAGAAAAUGUUCCUUUCUGCCUUCAUUCUCUUCAGUGGGGAAUUCCUGUAUGGAGAACAGGGAAGGUGAAGGGUUAAUUUGUGGCCGGGGAAACCUGAUGCUAAUUAAGUCUUAGGAAUGCCACAUACUGACAUUGUAGUGCAGAAGCCCUCAGAGUGGGUCAGGCAUGAAGAGAGCCAGCAGUAAUGCGUGUGUCUAAUGUUUUUAUUCCUUACUGACAGUCGGGGAAAGCCAGUCUCACCAAAGCCUGGAGCUGAAGGGGAAGAAAGAGGAAUAUAGCUGACGCAAAAUGGUUUUAGUAACACCAGUGGUGUUGCUGCUGCUGUCUUGGGUAUCACUGCAAGCUGUCGCAGAGAUUUGCCGGGGGACGCACUGCUACGGCGCGGAAACCGGCGAUCCAAGACCGUGCACCGGAGCGCACUGUCCGGGAAGCAGAUCCUCCAGACUGCCGCGGCAGUUUAACCCGACAACGCACGGGAGAGCGGCGCAGAUAGUUGCCAGCCAACACCAUGCGUACCCGAGCUCUCCAAGAGCAGCAUCGGAAGCCUACCCGGCUGUCCAGCCACUUCGCGGGCGGCACGGUGACAACAGCGGCGGCGGCACACGGAUAAGAGCGCCUGAAGUUUCACCUGCAGGGUGCACCGAUGUGGAAUGUGCCACUCCUGUGAAACAAUUUCAGCCCACCAAUGACACCCGAGACUGUAGAGGGAUCGAGUGCAGACUGCCACUGAGGAUACGGCCAAAACCUCGAGCAAAGUCUUGUGUGGGAGAGGGGUGUCUGGUCGGUUCAGAGGAGAGCGUCUCCUCUGCCGCCGCCAGCCAGCUUCCUCCUGUCCAUCUGUCCGAUAGAGCCGCACAGUUUCUGGGAGAUUUUCCGGAGCUUGGAUAUCCGUCGCCGGAACUUGGCGGCGCGCCUUUGGGUGUCCAGCUCACAUGUGACAUCAAACCAGGGGAGAAUGAAGUUCCCUCAGAAGAUGCACUCAUAUUGCACCUGCAGCUGGCCAAGGGGCAAGAGAAGCUGGUGGAGGCCCUGCGCACCCAGCAGAUGGUCAUCCGCGACCUGCAGCAGAAGCUCGCAGACCAGCAGGAGGCGCUAUUGUCCCAACAGAGGGAGAUCCUGGACCAGCAGCGGCGAAUGUAUGAGCAGAUGGAUGUGGUGAAGGCCCAGUACGGCCUCCUCUCAGACACCGUCAAACAGGUUUCCUUCCAGGGCCUGCAGGGCGAGCUGCAGAGCUACUUUGAGAACCACCUGGCGGGACUGCAGAGCCAGGCCCGCAGCCAUCUGCAGAAGUCCUACGCCGUCCAUAAAAUGGACAUGGACUCAAAGGUGAUGGAUGUAGUUGGAGAGGCUCAUUUUCCUCAACCUCUGCUGGGAUGUCCUUCACCCUGUGGGCAGGAGGAGUUCUGUGAUUUUCAGAGGGACCCGCCUCAGUGUGAGAAGUGCACCAUGUGUCCACCGGGCUUCUUUCUGAUCUCACAGUGUUCUCCUACUGCAGACAGGAUGUGCCAGGACAGAGAUGAAUGCCUUGAAUUACCAAACAUUUGUGGAGAGCGAGUGAAGUGCCUUAAUACUCCAGGGGGGUUCAGGUGUCUGGGAGUUUCUGAGAGAGAGGCAGUGAUGGGUGUGUGUGGUCGGGACUACUUCUACAACCAGGAGCUGCAGGAGUGCCAGGCCUGCUCUGAUUGUGAUGGAGAGCUUGUCGCUGUUUCCUGCACGGCUAUCAGUGAUGCCGUCUGCGGCCAGGCUUCAGAGAGUCGACUCUCCCAGUCUUGGGUGGCCAAUGUGGCAGUUCCCCCUGCCCGGACCUCUGGCGCCCACAUCUUCCCCGGGCUUCAAUUAAACAUCCGAGGCAAAGAGACCACUGAUCUGCUGUCCAACGAGGCAGGGCAAGUGACGUUCCUGCAGCAUGGCCUGGUGUGGUUGGAUCAUAACUUUGCGAUAAAGCACAGCUGUAGGAACUUCCUUCAGGUGGGAAUGAGGCUCAAUGGGAGCCAGGAGGAGGAGGGUCAAGACCUCAGUGGUGUUCGCAUUGAACAACCAGAUGGGAAGUACUUCCAGGGUGUCAGUGUCAGCAGUGGAGUCGAGGUGGAGCCUAACCACACCUUGACUCUGCUGCUGAAGAGUCCGAAUCAACACUGCAACCAGAGCAAGGAUCUUCACGUCUAUGAUAUCACCACUCCCUCUUUUAGCCUGCUCUGGUUGUCGCAUGAUACUGGUGCCGUCGCUAUGACGGCUCAGAUGUCCCUGUUGGCGCACUACCAGACCAGCUACCGCCCAACUUUCCGCAUGACCUCAGUGUCUGACCCGUAUAUGAUCAUUCUAACCCAUGACAACCGCGGCGUGCGCUUCACAGAAAGUGGUGUUGUAAAGUUCGUCCUCCAACAGGCGCUGUACUCCAUGGGCCACACCUGCAUUCGAGAGGGUUUCUCCCUGAUUGCCUACACUAACCACAACGGGACUGGCCAGGAGGCGAUGCAAGCCUUCAAAACGGGCGUCAACUACAGGGACACCUCCAUCACCCUCUCAGGUGCUGUGAGUGUGGACAGCGGGGACACGCUUAGCUUUGAGAUCACAUCUCCAUCCCAGUGCAACAUUCGCUACUUUGGGGACAGCACUGGGAUCAGUAUGCUGAGCCUUAUCUGGAUUCCUUCAGCAGUGUCAACAGCCCUGACUGCUACUGUGUCCAGGACUGGUCUGCCCUUUGGAGCAGUUAGGAAUAAGCCGCUGUUAUUCCAGCAGAUCAGCCCGGACACGGCACAGGUGCAUUUGGCUCGCUCAGGGGAGCCAAACAGUCGGAAGAACUUUAUAUUCCACGAGAAAGGGACGGCGAACAUAGCCCUCAACCUGAAGAUGAUACACUCUUGCAAUAUUGUAAAACUCACUUUGCAGCAGGUGGGGGGUCAGGGCAGGCAGGCGGGUCCUGUGGCUCAGCAGGUGUCUGGUUAUAUGCCUGAAGGGAGCCAGUGGGCCAGUAUUGGGCUCAGGGCUUCAUUUCAGGUCCAGAAUGGUACAGCUGUGUAUGUUACUCUGGACUGUAUCCGUGGACGAGUCAACCAGAUAACACAUGAGGGCGGCACUAACAUUUCAGUCCUCUGGGUUGCAGUGUGAUCCAAGAAGGGAUGAAGCCUUCAGUAAUACACUUUGAGAAAAAAAAAAGACAGUUUUGCACGAUAUUGAAUUGCAGAGCAGAUUCAACAAUUUACCAAAAUAAGGAAGAAUAGUGGUUGAUGAAAAACAAUGUUAUUCAUCUAUUACACAUAGUUUGUCAUAUUAUUGUUUUAAAUGCAUCACGUGUUUAGACUUUUAUUGUGAAAUUUGGUAUGAUUUACAUACUGUAAGUACUGCUUUAGUUUGAAGUACUUCGGCUGGUUGAGCAGUGACCAAUUCUUCAUGGAAUGUGUUUGUGUGUGUGUCUGUACAGUAUGUUUGAGUGUGUGUGCAUACAUGUGCAGUGGUGCUUAUAUAUUUGUGUAUGUGCGCGUGUACACACACAUUGGCAUGCCAACUUUUGCAUAUGUGUAUGAGUCGUAUGUAUGUAUAUCCUCUAUUUCCUGCACAUAUUUAACUUGUGUACUGUAUGUAACAAAUGUUUUUGUAUUAUAUCGUUAAGCAUUUAAAACAGUGGUUUGACAUUUUGGGAGAUGCGCUUAUUCGCUUUCUGGAGAGUUAAAUCAAAGGAUUGAUACCACUCUCAGCAGCCAGUUAGCUUAGCUUAGCACAAAGACUGGAAACAGGGGGAAACAGGUAGCAUGCUCGGUCCAAAGGCAACAAAAUCUGCAUACCAGCACCUCUAAAGCUAACUAAUGAACACAUUUGAUCUAAUUUGUACAAAAAGCGUUUGCUUUGUUUGUUGCUGUUGUGUGCCAGACUACAGACCACUUCUUGGCCAAGACCAAUAGAUUUGUAGAGGCUAUGUUGAUUUCUUGGCAAAUGCUUAGAGCCAAGAAAUAACCUCUCCUAAAAUAAUGAAUUGUCAUUCUUAUGCCAUUUUUUGUACGCUGACCAGCUGACCAGCUGACUAGUUGUCUCUUUGUUUCCAGUCUUUGUGCUAUCCUAAGCUAACAGGCCGCUCUUGGUAGCUUCAUAUUCUCCGUACCAAUCAAUCCUCUCAUCUAACCCUACACCACAAUGCGAAUAUAGUAAAUGCAUUUUCCAAAAUGUCAGUUCCUUUAAUACUCUGGAGAGUUUGUCAUGAAAUAGCUAUACACAAAUGCUACGUAGUAAACUUUCAAUAAGCAGGAGUUUGGGUAUUUGAUUAUGUUUUUGAUGAUAUUUAUUUGCCUUUUAUAAAACAGACUUUUGCAUUUACACUAUAGAAUGCAUAUAUUUGUCAGACAUGAGAAACAUAUAAAAAUAUGUCUAGUAUAUGGUAAAGCACUGCGUAGACAGUGUUGAUAUUCAAAAACAUGCAGCGAUAGCUGCUAUCAUAUGUUUAUUUGCACACGUAUAGUUUAACAUAGUAUUAUGCAAUGUGCAAACAUCAUACUUUGUUAUUCUUUUACCUAAAUGCUGUUUCCCUGUGAAGAGUUACCCAUGCAUAUCAUUCCUAAUUGCCUUUGUGUGUGUUCUGUCCUCCGAACAAUUAGGCACAAUUAAGUGUUUCAGGGAGUUGGCAGCGAAGCCGCCACUGAAAUUCUUCAGCUUUAUUCUCACUUCAUUAUGUUUAGUGAUUUUGUUCUGUGGUUGCUCUCCUUGCACACGUCAAUGCAUGCAUACUUGUUCAACUCCAAAUAAAAUGUACAUACAUUUUGCCAGAAACUAAA